CUUGUGCUAUAUAGUCGUAUCGGACGUGCGGCUCCACAGGGGGCGCAUAGUAUUUGCAAGUCCUUCUUUAUCCCCGUAACGCCACAGUCUUGGUGACCCCAGAGGGGCCUGCGGAUUUGGAGAUGUUCGAGUAUGGAACUACCACAGGGAACAGCCCGGUGCCACUGGCGAGCUUCUCGACGGAGUCGAUCCCGGCGGGGAUCCCUGGCAGGACUUCCCGCAGGUACACUUCCAGUUCAGGGGGGAUGUUUGGGAUCAAGGCGACCUCGCGGAUGUUCGGCCACGGCUGCGACAACCCGACGGACCCGAACAAUCUGAGCAACGUCACCUGUCCCGACGAGACGGCUGUCCCGGUGGACCAGGCGAAGCGGUGUUUCAUGGCCGAGUUUUCCAACGUGAGCCAGUUCGAGAUCGGGUUCAGGAUCAUCACUUGCUCUCGGUCGGCUCUGUGAUAUCUUAUGUUCUCGGCGGUUUUCUGUUACCCAUGGGUUCUGGAGGUUCUGAGCAUUAUGUUCUCGGGCGUUGGAUGCACGCAGGUGCUCCUGGAGGCCUCCGGAGACGUCCAGGGGCCGUCGGUCGUCGUUGUUGACUGACUCUGGGAUCCUCCUCCUCCUCCUCCUCCUCCUCCUCC